GGCUUGUGGGAGAACGCGCGCGUGUUUUGUAGGCCUAGUGUUUUGCUCCGUUAUAAAGUGCGCUGGCAGACAGUCGCACAUCUGCCUCGACGAGAGAGCUGCAGCUGCGCACAUAUGUGUGCGUGCGCGAAAUCAGCCGAGAGUAGCAGGCAGAGGCGAGAACGUUGCUGCCCGUUCAGUUCUACUCCUCUGCUACGAGCCAUUCCGUCGCUCUGCUCAGCACUGUUGCAGGCUGCUACUACUGCUGACGGCAGAGUCGCGGACAUUAUCUCUCUUGUGCACACUCCUAUUGCGAUCGCGCGACAACAACAAUAUAGACGCAGAGCAACAAAUAAGCGCUUCAAUUAGGAGAGCAGUAGGCGUCCGAUUGUCGUGAGUAGCAGUGAGGCAGUGAAUAACAGUCGCGGUAGUCAGUAAGACGACUACGCACGUCGAAAGCCUUAUGUCCAGCAGCUACUUGGCCGCUGCUCGGCUAGUGCUGGCGCGAGACUUCCACGGAACGACCAUCGCAACGACGGCCACGAGAGCGAAGCAACCCAGCAGCUCGCCAGCAUGAAGAAGCUCUUCUCCAAGAUCGACAAUACCACCGCCAAGGAGACCAACAGCUAUCUGGGCAAGGUCUUCGUCGUUGGUCGACACAACGUCACCGUUGAGGAGGUUCUCGCUGAAGGAGGAUUUGCCAUAGUCUUCCUAGUCAAAUCGUCAGGUGGUAGUCGCUAUGCACUUAAACGCAUGUACGUCAACAAUGAACAUGAUCUCAAUGUUUGUAAAAGAGAAAUACAGAUUGCAAGCAACCUGAGUGGACAUAAAAAUAUAAUAGGAUAUGUAGACAGCAGUAUUACACAUACAGGAGGAGGAGUGCAUGAACUGCUUCUCCUGAUGCCUUAUUGUAAAACACAGGUUCUUCAAUUAAUGAAUAACAGGUUACAAACUGGCUUUACAGAGCAAGAAGUUCUACAAAUAUUUUGUGAUAUUUGUGAAGCUGUUUCACGAUUACACCAUUGUCAAACUCCUAUUAUUCACAGAGAUUUAAAAGUGGAAAAUAUUUUGCUAGCUGAUUCAGGCAAUUAUGUAUUAUGUGAUUUUGGCUCCGCAACUGGGAAAAUCUUAAAUCCAAGUGUUCACGGAGCAUCAGUUGUUGAAGAGGAAAUUAAAAAGUAUACAACGCUUAGUUAUAGGGCACCAGAAAUGGUUGACAUGUAUUGUGGAAAACCAAUCACCACAAAAGCAGAUAUUUGGGCCUUAGGAUGUUUACUUUAUAAACUGUGUUUUUUUACAUUGCCUUUUGGAGAAAGUGCUCUUGCUAUUCAGUCUGGAAAUUUUACAGUUCCUGAUAACUCAAGAUAUAGCAAAUUCUUGCACUGUUUAAUUCGUUACAUGCUGGAGCCAGAUCCUGAUCUACGACCUGAUAUUUAUCAAGUAUCUGCAAUUGCAUUUCAAUUAGCUGGCAAAGAAAAUUCUGUUCAAAAUUUACAUAAAGUUUCUACACCAACGAUUGAAAGCUUGCCAUCUCCACCUAUGGAAUCAGAAAGCAUAAAAAGAUCUUCUUCGGUAAAAAUUGCAAAGGCUGCUACUGUAGCUCCUGUAGAAGGCACUUCAGUAACGCCUAGACAGAGACCAAAGGGACAAAAUGUUAGUACUGGACCCAUUAGUUUGAGUGGGCAAAUUGUCGGACAACUGUCAGGUCAAGGAAACCAUUCCCAAAGUUCAGCUGGCAAUUCGGUCUCUUAUGUCCAGGUCAAUCAGCAGAUUACUCCUAUCAAUACUCCUCAAGCCUUCUUACAGCCGAUUCCCGGCAAUAGUCAGCAAAAUCUACAGUCAUCUUUUGUUCAAGUGCCACCACACAUUCCUUCACCCAGUCAGGCUCCUCCUUUUGGACAAGCUCCAGGACAACCAUUGUAUAAUCAGUCGCAAAGCCCAAUGUCAAGUCAUUCUCCUUUAGCUCAACAAUCACCUGUUACUGUGUCAGACAAGAACCUUUACUUCUUUGACUCAAGACCGCACGAAGCAAAAACUCCCUCAGGUCCAGGAAACGACGAAAAUUUGGAAGCAUUAUUCCCCCCUUCUGUAUAUCCUGAUCCUUUCAAAGAUGACGGACGAUCAUUGGCUGGCCAAGCUCUUACUAAAAUUCCGCCGCCAAUCGCCCCGAAACCUAAAUUAAUAACGCCGACAAGUGGCAUAGCACCAUCAUCAAAGAUGAUAUCUUCGUUGCAACAAUCUAGCAACUUAAGUCAGACUUUAACUCCACCAGUGUUACCAAAACCCGCCAACAAGACGGAAAGUCUUAGUCAGAAUAUAAGUUCGAGCACUUCACCUCCAGAAAGUCCAACGUCUAAUUCAUCGCGACAUAGACGGAAUGUCAGCGAUACAAGUGCAUUCAAUAAAAAUGUCAAUACUUUCAGAGUAUUUGCAAACGAGACAUCUCAGUUCCUAGCACCGUAUGAAGCGUCUGUGAAACCACGUCCCGAAAAUACUUCACCUCUUGAAGUACCUAUGGAUAUAAAACCUGGAAUCGGUGCAAGUGCAUCGCAUGUACGUAUUGGUGAAUUGUCAAGCAUAUCAGGAACUGAAAAUAGGUCUCUGAGCGUGGAUGUAGCGGCUUGGAAUCCUUUUGAAGAUGCUCAACCAUUCAGUCAACUCACGGAAGAUCACAUUUUCGGUGCUGAAUUUGAUAAAAUAAGAAGAGGAAGCAACAGCAGCAUAAGCGGUGUCAAAAGUCGUGAAAGUUUAGUCAUGACAUACUCAGAAAUUCCAAAAGAUCCUUUUGAGUCAGCUCCCUUUAGUAUGCCAACAAGCAAAAAAAGUAAAAUUGGAACAAAAGCAGCAGCUAUUGCUGGAGGUGGUUUGUUGAGCUCGACGAGCAAGUUACCCGAAGGAGAGCCAUCGAAGUGCCAGCCGAUCACAAAGGCUAACCCCGCCCCGACGACCACUCUGCAGUGGAGCCCGAAGGAGAAGAACGAUGACGUCGAAGUCGGCAUCGGCAUGGAAACAGUGAGCGUCGCCGAUGGAGCCUCUCUGCUGGCGAGCGCCGGGGCAGCCUCCCCGGUCUCGCCGCCGUUCGUGCGCGCACCCAUUGAGGACCGUUCCAAGUACGAGAAGCUGGCCUUCAACGUGGACGAGGUGUCGAGCGACAGCGACAAAGAGAAGCAGUCGAACGAGGAUGCAUGGGUGAAGAAGAAGAGGCGUCGCGUCAAGGCCGUGCUGGACCGGGCACGCAAAAUGGCCCUGGACAAGUCGUCGUCGCACUCGCAGGAGCAGCAGGAAACCGAGCCGUCGGCGGCGGCGUACGAGAGCGACGACUCGAUCGGGUCGGCGAGCGACCUGAAGGCCGCGAACGACGAUGAGGCAGCGAGCGACGGGGCCGAGGAGGCCGACUACGACGACGAGAUGGACGAGGAGGAGCGCGGCAAGAUCGACGAGACCGUCAGCGAGAGCGUGCGCACCUGCAGCAGCUCGGCCUACCACGCCGAGUGCGAGUCCGUGGCGACGCGCGAGGAGCCCGAGCAGCUACGCGCGCGCCGUCAGCGCCGGCACCAGCAGCUCCUGCAGCAGCAGCAGCUACUGCUGCAGCGCCGCCAAGCCGACCUACCCGAGGCGGACCCCGUAGUCGGGCACCGCUACGGCGAGCAGCCGCUGCUGCUGGACGACGAGCUCGAUCCCGAGGCCAAGCCCGAGCAGAUCCGUGGUGACCCGUUUGUUAAACGCCAGUACCAGAUGAAGCCGCUGUCGAGGCGGCGGUCCGGCGGCGGUGGCGGCGCCGACGACAGCUCGUCCGACGAGGCGGCUAAGCAGCCGCGCAGCCUCAGCAACGGCCUCUGGAAGCUCGACGAGGACGUGUUCGCGAUGGCUCCCUUCCACCGACCCUCGGGCUUCAGGAAGGCCGCCGGCUCUGCGGCGCCGGCGCGGGAGCCUCGCGGCGCCCACUCGGCCGGUCGCGUUGAGACACCUGCGGAUGAGUGCGCGAGCAGCGCGGCGCCCGUCGCCUCGAGUUCGCCGAUCGUGGCCAACGACCUCGUCGACAUCGGCGACGAGGACUCGCAACCUCGGCCGCCGCUGGCGCCACCGCCGAUGUACCGCUUCCCCGUGGUGGCCGGAAUUGACGGCCCUGACUGCGCCACCGCGCCAUCCAGGACAACCAACUUCCAGCAGCCUCGCCAAGAUCCAGCUGCGGAUCGCAGGGACUUGUUCGGCUCGUCGCCCUUCGACUCGAAUGGCUUCGACAACCCCUUCGACAGUAUGUCGAGCUACGGCGGCCCGGACCUGAGCCGCAAAGUCCAGCUUGUCGCGAAGAACUGCAAGCCUCAGCUGCUCUACGCCGACCAAGCUUCAUUUGGCUUUCAACAGAUGCAGUCGCCGACCGUCGCGUCUGCUUCCAAGUUCGGCCUCGUUACCGUCACCUCGAACGUGAGCGCCCAACCGGUCGCGAGUAUUCCCAGGAAAGAGGAGCCCAAAGAUCUGUUCGGCUCGGUGCCCUUCGACGAGAUAGCUGCCCUGACGCCUAACUCCAUCAACCGGGACCAGCAACAGCCAAGGCCUACUUCGUUGCCGCUGACGCAGUCGCCGACCUUCGUGGAUAAAGCCCUCGGAACGAUUCUGUCGAGCAGCGCCCAGUCGUCACACUCUACUCAGAUACAGCCAAUUUUUAAUCCCACUUACGGCAUGCCCACGAGAAUAACUAUCCAGAACAACGUUGCGAGGAUAGAGACUGUGUCGCCCGAGACGGACGUAGUCACGUCACUGAUGUCUCCGGAGCCACUGGUAGCGCAGGACUCUGCUAAGCACAAGAAGCAUCACGAAAAAGCCUCGAAACACGAAAAGUCCAAGUAUUAUUUGAUAAGCAAGAAUCUCGGGGAGAGCUUCAACGCGCUGCCCUCUAAGGCCCUCCACAAAACUAGCAAAGCAUCCUCGAAGAAGACGCCAAAGAGCAGCAAAAAGUCGGCAAUCGUCACCGCUGGUUUCAGUAAUAUGAGCUUCGAGGACUUUCCUAGUGACGAAAACAACGAGGGCGUAAGGCAAUCUGCUAGUACGAGAGCCGCAUACGAAGUGAUCAGGGAACCGGAAAAGAGGUUCGGCUCGCUCAAGAGGAGAAGCAACCCGUUCACCUGAUGAAAGUUGAGUCUCAUAGCUUCGGAAGGUUUUUGAUGUGCGCCUGGUAUCCUGUACUGUUCACUACAUCACGCUGAUCGAGAUCCGAUCACGUUGCCUCCUAUUUAUUGCAUUAAUUGGUUUUUCCAAAGUGUAUUUAUUUAAUUUCGUCCAUCAUUCGUGCGUUUAUUUUUCUAUAUAUAUAUAUAUAUAUAUAUAUAUAUAUAUAUGUGUGUGUGUAUAGUCCAUUUAUUAUAAACUUUCAAAUGGUCUACGUGGAGCAAAGAUAGCAUUUUUGUAAAUGGAAACGAAGCGAAUUUGCGUGGUUGUUAUUUAUAAGAAUGUAACAUCUACAUUUUUACGUGGUUAUACUUUAUCUUGAUUAACGUGGUAGCAUUCAAACUCUAACGAGAAAACAAUACCGAAAAUGUUAACUCCAUUGUUCCCUGUAGAAGCAUUUAGUCACUUCACUUCCUGAUACAGUAGUGAAAAGAGGUUGUUUAUUUAUUUAGGCAGCUCAAUACCAAAAAUAAUAAAAGUAUAGUAAGCAAAAAUUAUUAACUUUUUAAGUACAUAUAAAAUUGGAUAACAUGCAGCUGGCGUGUAUGUAUAUCUAUUUUUACAACUGCAUUGUAAAAAGGCAGCGAUUUAUCUGUAAUAAAAGUAUCAGCCCACUUGUAUUAGUUUCACGCUUCAAUCAUUACGUUAAAAAAUAAUUAAUGACUUGUCAUUGUUUAGAUACAUUUAAUCUACAAACCGUCUAUACAAGUCUUUAAAAAAACAAGGAUAAUGUUCAGAUCUUUUGUGAGAAUGAUUUUUACCAAUGCAUAAGCAAAUGGAAUAUUAAUCAACAUACGUAACAUUUUUUAAACAAUAACUUGACAUCUAUAGAAAGACAAAAUGGUUGCGAAAAAAAGAAACCAAAAGAUGGUUGCGAGUCCAAGACGUCGCUUUGUCUAAAAAUCGCCUUAUCACAAAAGACUGAAUCACCGUUACUCUCCUUGCUUACAUUAUUACAGUAAUUGAAAAUAUUUUGAACUCCUAAUAAUCUAUGGACUGAAAUCCUUACUUCAAGCAUUUUAUGAUUUUAAAGAUACAAUAUCUUCAUUUCAUUUCUUUCAAACGAGGAAAAAUAUUAGGCUCUUAUUUUUAUUUAGUUAUCUUUAGUAAUUCACUAGUAAGUAUAUUUUGUUUUACAAACUUUGUUUUGUUUUGAAAACUUUUUUCUAUGAAAUCAUCUGACGUAAAUUUAUUAUUCAAUUAAUUAUUUAUAUUUUUCGGCACUAAAAGUGUAUUCUAUGAAAACAUUCUAUUUGUUGCUACAUUUUUUUAAAGCUUAUUUAAGUGGUAUUUAUAUUGAUCAUUAUUUUAUGUUUCUAAUUAUUUCUUUAUUAAAGGUCAAAAACUUAAAAUUGUAAUAAAAUCUUUUCUGUUUUUACUCAUAUAAUUUGAAAAUGAUCUUUACAAAUAAACUAUAAGCUUUUACAUAUAAAUAUAUACUUAGAUUUAUUCUUCAAAAAGCCCGAGAAAAAAUUAAAUAUAGAAUACUUUUUUAUGGCUGUUAUUAAACUUUGUGAUGAAAAAUUUAAAAGUAAAUAAUUAUUUAAUUUACCGAAAAAAUAUUUGUCACCGCUAAACAAUUAUAUUUGAGCCUAUAUAGGUGCUAAGGUGAUUUCUCUUACGAGAGUAUUAUUCCAUUAACUUUCAAUAUGCAACUUAAAUUAAGCGAUAUUUUUUAUGUAAAGCAUUUUUUUUGUUAAUUUUGUGUAUAAAAUUAUGUGCGUUGAGCGUACAAGCUAUUCUACGUAUAAGUAAACAUGCAAAGUAUAAUUUAAUUAUCAUGUAUACCUGUUUUGUUAUUUCUUUGUUUUAAAAAUACAUUUUUUUAUUGACAAAAUACGUCUUAUGAAAUAUUCCACCGUUUUUUUUAAUUGUAUUACUUUAGAUUAUUGAAAUUUUUUUAUGAGUAUAAAAUAAUGCUUAUACAUAGUGGAAUCUGCUUAUGACGAUGGAAGUGGAAAACACUUAUAACAAAAACUGGAUUGUAAUGAAUAUCUUUUCAAACUAUAUUUAAUUUGCGCUAUAGAAUUUUCUAAAUAUGAUUUAAAUGGACGUAAUAAUCAGAUGGAUAUAAGGAACCUUUUGUACAGUUCCUUAAAAUUUGUUACAACCGGAUUCCAGUGUAUGUUCGAAUGAGACAAUAUUAUAAUCAAUUCUUAUAUUUUCAAAUAUAAAAUAUAAUAUAUAAACAUUUACAGAAAUGAUAAUAGGUACUACAUCUGUAUCACGUUUAUAUAAAUCAGCUAAAAUAAUAUGUGCCUUCCUUUAUCAUUUUUUUUUCUUUAUACUGAAGGGUAUGAUGUCUGUAUCUACUCUUAUUGAAUUAUGUAAACUGAUUACCUGAUCGUAUUAAAACGAUGCCGUUGUUGAAUCAAAUGAUGAGAUUCAAAACUACGUAGAUUAUCGUGCCAACUGCGUAAGAACUAAUGUAAAUUGAUAAGGUCAUAUCAAUAUUUCAAAUUCGAAAAUGCUGAUAAGCUGUUAAUAAAUUUUCUGGAAAUGUAAAUUGGAGAAUAAAAGUAUAUUUCAAAUAUAGUUUUUCACAGCAAGUUUCUUUGUAUUCAAAAACAACAACGAUAAUAAA